AUAAAUAGCUAGUGGUCUUUCCGGUAGACUGCGCCUAACUUUCAAUGAUUUGUGCACACAAGUUGGAAUUCAUAAAAUAUCUAUAAUUGAAGCAGAGCGUGGUGGGGCGAAUCUGCAGAGCCCGGGUACCGCCAAUCAUCGAUAUCAUUUUGGAUCCGGGUUGGGCGCACUCGCGGAGUCGCAGAAGACCGAUUCUGGACAUGAAAGUAGCAUAGUCAUAACCUAAGAAAAUAGCAAUAACAAUGCCAGACCAAAGCCUUUACGAGGUUCUGGGCGUGGAGAAAACGGCAACGCAGGCUGAGAUAAAGAAGGCCUACCGCCAGCGCGCGCUGCAGCUGCAUCCGGAUAAGAACCCUGACAAUGAGGAUGCCAAGGCAAAGUUUCAGUUGCUGCAGAAGGUCUAUGCGAUCCUUGGGGACGAAGAGAAGCGGAAAGUGUAUGACGACACCGGGUCCACCGACGACGAUGACCUGGCUGGUGCGGGCUUCGACGGCCUGGUGGACUACUUCCGGGCCAUGUUCGGAAUCAAGACAGACGAUAUUGACGACUUUACGGCGCGCUAUCAGGGCGGUGAGGAGGAGCGCUCCGACCUGCUGCGCUAUUACACCCAGUUCCGUGGCCGCAUGAGCGAUGUGUUCGACCACCUCAUGUGCUCCGACCCCGACGUGGACUCGCAUCGACUCAUGGACGUCAUCAACGCCGCCAUCCAGGCGGGCGAGGUGGAGCGCUACAAGCCGUACACCAGCUGGGCCAAGCAGGUCGCCGCCAAACCGCGUCCAGCCGCGCGCGUGCGCAGCGCCAGCGGCGCGGGGGCGAGCGGCAGUGGUGCCGGCGCCGGGCCCAGCAACGCGCUGGUCGCCGCCAUCCAAGCCAAGCGCGCGGCGGCUGCCAACAAUUUCUUCGACUCGCUCGCUGCCAAGUACGGCGGCGGCGGCACGGGUGCUGGCAAGGGCGGCAAGGGCAAGAGCAGCAACGCCAAGGGCGGCGAGCCGCUCUCGGAGCCCACUGAUGAGGAGUUUGAGGCGGCGCGUCAGCGCGUGGUGGCCAAGCAGCAGUCGGGGGGCGGCAGCAAGAAGGCCGGCGGCAAGAAGGGUCGUGUGGUGGUUGUGGAGGAUGACGAGGACGAUGGCAGCGACGCGGACAUGGAGGAGGUGGAGGCGGACGGCAGUGAUGAGGAGUCAAUGGACGUCAGUGACGAGGCGGAGGAGGCGAAGCCGCGGGCCAAGAAGACCGGCGGUGGCGGAAGCGGGGCCAAGGGCGGCGUGAAGAAGGCCAAGAGCAAGGACACGGCGAGAGGGAGCGACCAGCAAGGCAGCGCCAAGCCGAAGGCGAAGCGCCAAGGCCAUGAGUCUCAUGACGAUGCGGCUGAGAAGGAGAACAAGGCGGCGGCUCAGAGCGCGGGCGUGACGGGGAAGGGCAAAGGAGGCGACGGUCGGAAAGCCGCCGGGAAACGACGACAGGAGCAGGAGGUGCAGCCGACGAAAAAGGCAAAGCGCAGUACGGCAUAAUGCAUGCAGCGUGCGCUAGUGAUGGCAUGGAUCGUGUGCACAGACUCUCGGUCUUGGGUGCGAGUUGGUGGGUUCGGGACUUGAGGUGAUGCUACUGAUGGGUCACGGGGCCUGAGAGGAGACGCCAGGGCGCUGUGGCAGCGGCAGGCACCCGGGGGGCACCGUUAGGGUAUGCCAGGAUCGACACUUGCAAGCACGGGGAUGCCGCCAAGGUCUGGAACAGGGGUGCUGGAAUGCAGUUGACAUGGUGUGGUGGCGUAUGUCGGGCCGAUGCAGCGUCGGGGCUUGCGUCACACUGGAAUAUCGCAGGGCUGGCGAUUGUGAUAAGGGAGCCUGCAAUUGGAACGAUGGUGGGCUGACGUGCGGGUGCAUUCGGACUGGCGCUCUGCUUGCCCCAUCAGACGACAGUCGAGGGCGUCCUUGACAUAUUGUGUCAGAUGUUCUGAUUCUUUGAUAAGUGUAGUGUAAGCGAUGUCCUAAGUGUUCAGAAUUGCUCCAGUUUCGUUGUGUGAACUUGCGCUAAUUGAUGUGACUCGGUUUUGACAUCUUGAAUGGUCACAUUAUUCCUGCUAUAUCCACAGUACUUUGAAAGCACUCAUCUUAACUCUCGUGCAACCCUGAGUCGAAGACC